AUGGCCACAAUACCUUACAUUCGGUUGAAUGCACCAUGGCCAAAAUCCCCCAAACGGGUAAAAUGCAUAACGAUUCUUAAGACAACGAUACUACUUGUCAUCUUGGGGGUAAUCGUAUUCUUUUCAACAUGCGAGUUACACCUAAACAUGCGAGUAUACUUGCGCGAAUGGCUGGUGAAGGAGGAGUUUCGAAACGAAAACUUGUAUGGGUGUUUUGACAACAUUCCAGAGGAAAAUCUGACCAAACCAAUUUAUAAUGAAGUUCACCCGGCCGUUCCGCUGACUAGCGGGUGGGACUGCUAUGAUUUCGCGGAAGGUAUUAAAAUGUUAGCUGGUCAACCGAAGGAACAUCUUACUUUUCAUACAUAUUGGCGCGCUGAUCUAAGACCGUUAGGGGAUAAACAGGUGGCUACGCUACGUUCGUUCUUUGCGACACAAGAUAGCAAUUACUCAUCGCUGAUACUAUGGUCGAAUGGUGAUCUUUCGAAAAAUGAACUUCUUCAGCCGUUCUUUGAACGAUUCCCGGAUCGAUUUCAAACGAAGAUAUAUGAUCCUGAAGUAGAAUCAAAAGGUACGGCGAUUGAGAAUUCGUCGAAUUUGAAGCUACAGGAUAAACAUGCAUAUCUCGAUGGUGACUUGAUACGAUUGUUAGUACUAUACAAAUAUGGCGGCGUAUGGUUCGACAUGGACUCGCUUUUCAUUCGUGACUUGUCACCGUUAACUGAACAUGAAUGGGUUGGACAAUGGGAUUGUUUCCUGCCCGAUGGAUCACCGCUAAAUGGAGCAUUCAUGCGAUUCCGCGAAAAAUCACCAUAUGUAUGUGAAUUACUUGAGGAAAUGGCUCAUGGACCACCACCCAGGAAGGACACUAUCGAUUGGGGAAGUCGUCUGUAUUAUAAAGUGUUUCGAAGAUUAAUUCAGAAUGGGAAGAAACCUUUCAAGGUGCUUCCUUGGUGUUUUACUGAUCCAUCUGUUUGUCAUCCGAGCAAUUCAAUGCCGAGCGCUUUUGAUGAGUAUGAAUUCAAUAAGGAUAAAUUGCUUCAGGUGUUUGCGUAUCAUUGGCAUAAUCAAUGGGAUAAGAAGAAGGGAAGUUUGUUUAGAUAUUUGGAGGGAUUACAUGAUAAAGUUUUGGACUUUUAA